GCCAAAAAUCACAGUCUUCAACAAAGCUUGAUUGGAUAAAGCAGAUAAUGAAGGAAUAGAAGUGAAAACAUGGUUAAAACAAGGUGGAACGGAAACAACAUUUCAAUGUAGAUUGUGCAGAACAGGUGACCGUGAUUGUGCGAAUCAAGGAUGGGCAGCAAUUCAACAACAUAUGAAUACGAAAGGACAUCUUACGAACAUGAAAUCGUUGAAACAGAAUUCUACAUUUGUCUUUGAAUCUUCAAAGACAACAGCAUUCGCAAGCGAUGCUGUUCCUAGAACGACACAAUUGAUUUUGGAUAAUGUAAGAAAAUCGGAAAUGUUGAAUUUUGAUGAACAAGUAACCAAAGCAGAAAUCGUAUGGGCCCUGACUGCUUCACAACGUGGUUACAGUUACAAUUCAUGUGAUGAAUUGGGUGAUGUUUUUCGUACCAUGUUUCCGGAUUCAAAAAUCGCCGAACAGUUCAGCAUACAAUCAAAGAAAAUGUCGUAUGACAUGUCUCAUGGUCUUGGUCCAUACUUUCAUCGUCGAUUGAUCGAAGAUUUGAAGCGUAAUGAAAAGUUUGUCUUAUGUUUCGACGAGCAAAUAAAUCAUCAAAACAACAAACAGCUUGACUUAUUAGUAAAAUAUUGGUGUCAUGAUAAAGGACUUGUCGUCACUCGGUAUUACAAGUCUGUUUUAUUGGGACAUGCACAAGCGAAUGUUCUUCAAAAUGUUAUUAUCGACUCAUUCAAAACGGAUGGUCUAGAUUUGAAAUGUUUGCUGAUGUUGGGCCGAGAUAAUCCAUCUGUCAAUAUAUCAUUGGAAAAUUUGAUCGAUCAGUUAAUGAAAAAACUCGGAUCUUGUAUAUCAUCGACUGGCUGGCAUGUGGAAAAUAUUUGUACGGAAAUUUAUUCAUGGUUCAAACGGUCACCCGCACGAAAGGAAGAUUUGGUCCGUGUUACAAAUGAAUACAACGAUUUGGUCGAGUCAACGUUGUUGUAUUUUGUCAUCACAAGAGGGAUUUUGCUUGGCAAAGUGAUAGCACGUGUUCUGACAUUAUGGGAAGCAUUGAAUGAAUAUUUUUUGGUAUUUCUACCAUCGAAUCAAAAAGUACAAAUUCGAGAUAAUGAUCGCUAUGACCCAAUCAAAUCAAAUUUGACUUCGAGUGUGGCUAAAAUUCGAUUGCAAUUCGUGCUGUUUUUAUCCGAUGGUGAUCUGUUAGAUUUGGAUUUCAAGUUGAACGAAAAACAAUUGAAUAAUACACACAUACGUAUUGGAGAAGGAGCGCGUAAACUAUUGACUGAACUUACACAACAACAACGUGAAAAGUUUUUCGAAGAUGUAAAGAAAAUGUAUCAUGGCAUAGCACAAUAUUUCAAACUGAAUUUACCAUUGAAAAAUUCAUUUUUACGUGAUGUACAAAUUCUACAUCCUUUAUUGCAAUCUGUACAAACCACUGAUCAGAUCAAUCGUAUUGCACGUGCCGUUCCAUGUUUAUUGAAUGACAGUGAGAUUGAUCGGUUACGAGACGAAUGGUUGGCAUAUUCAAUCGGAGACAUCGAUGAAAAAUGGUCAAUCAAGGAGCAGAAAAAAGAUUCGGCCGGGAAUAAUCAUAUUGUUUAUCAACGCAUUGAUUACUACUGGAAUCACAUUUUCGCAAUAAUAACAACAGAUGGACGUGCAAAAUAUCCGAUAUUGGCUAAACUCAUUAAAAAUAUUCUUAUUAUUCCUCAUGGUAACGCCGAUGUUGAACGUGGCUUUUCGAUUAACGAGAACAUUGUUACUGAAAAUCGAUCAUUGUUAUCUGAGUCAUCGAUCAAUGGACUACGUUCAAGUUAUGAUGCUGUUAAAUUUGCUGGUCGUGGCUCCAGUCACAAAGUACCAGUGAACAAAGAAAUGAUCCAGGCGGUUCAAAAAUCGUCUUCACUGUACAAAGAAGAAUUGGCUAAGGUGAAAGCGGCCAUGGAACGAAUGGAAAACGAAAAAAAAGAACGUGGGAAUGCCGAAGAAAUUAACAAACAAAUAUUAAAAGAAGACAAUUAUUAUUAA